AUGUCUUCUUCUCAACUCCUCUUCGAGCUACUCUCCUCACUUCCGCCUCAAAAUGCCUCCGAACCAACACCAUUAACCCCCGACACCGAUACCGACCCGAACCUUACAGAGCUGGAUUCGUCCGAUUUCAAGAGUCUCUUAUCGAGUGAUUCAGCCUUUUCAUUCUGUUCGUCAUAUAUAUCGCCGCCCUUACCAACUCCAACUUUGCAUCGUGAUUGCUUUGUCCUAAGUGUACCCACCGUGGUACAAGGAGCGGCGAAACGACGCAGUAUUAUCAGCGAGAGUCUUCAUUCUUCGUUUCAUUCUCCGGCAAAUAACGCACUGAUGACUAUUCGUGCGCGAUCUGUAUCUUCAGGGGGGUCUCUGAGAAGGAGCGGGCCGCUGCCGACGCAGGAUCCGGAUUACAUUCAAGAGUAUAUCAAGGUCGAAGAGGAUGAUGAGGAGUUUGUGUCAGAUGCGGAUGAGGUUGAUCCAAAUGAACUGAAGAUUGAUGAUGCUAAGAGAGCUAGGAGGAAGAAGAGGGAAGUAGAUGCUACAUACAUUCCGAGCAAAGAAGCAGAGGAAGAUGAUGUCUUCAACCCCGAUGCGAAUGAGAUAGAUCCUAGUGAGCUCAUCGACAGGGUUGCUCAGAGGAAUAGGAAGAGGAGACCAGAUGUGGAUGCUACAUACAUGCCUGGGAAAGAAGAUGAUGGGGAUAGCAGCCAGGGCGAAGAAGCGACGGUCAGGGCUUCCAAGAAGAGGAGAGUGAUGCCACAUCCUGCAUUCGCAUCAUCUGUUGAUGCUCGUCGUUUGACCCCUGAGAAGCCGGUGAAGGCAGAGGUUCCUGUUACGCCGUCUGCUCAAACCGAUCCUGUGUAUCAACAUGGGGUGACUGGGUUUUCACAGAAGGAUCAUGCAACGACGGAUCUAGGUGCGAUCCCAUAUCCGACGCCGGAUACUCUUCGAAAGAAGAUUAUAACCAAAGCUGCAAUCACUUCGUCUGCACUCCCUCGUGCUCGACAUGUCCCGAAGAAGAGCCCGAAAAAAGAAUACGAGGAGUACGUUCCAGGUGAAUCUGUGUCUCCCGGACCGGAGGCAACUCCGAUAAAGUCCAUUGAAACAGAAAUCGGAAUCCCAGCCGACUUUACCGAGGAUGAUAACGAAGAAUAUCAGGACCGUCCUAUUCAUCAUACUGAGAAGACGGGUAUUGUCUUUGACUUUUCGGUAGAAAGAGCCAAGCGCUGGGCCAGCGCGAUCAAUGUACCAAAGGGUCUUUUUAACGAGGAAGAGAAGGAUUUGUUCUUUCGCCUUGCCAUGCGUGGAUUUGAGCCGGUUGUCCCCAGAAGCUGGCGAUAUGACUUUCCGACGCUGCCUGAAUCUUUGUAUCCUAGGAGCUCCGAGGAGACUGAUAAGCCGAUUAUCGACGUCACUCGAAGCUCUAACCUCUAUGCUAUUAAAGCCUUGACAAGUCUCUUUGCCGUCGGAGGCCGUGUCCGCGACUGCGACAUUCUACACCAGCAGCCCGAACCCUUGAUAAGACAAGCGAUCCAGAAAUACAUCUCCUGGGCUCUCUUUGACGUCAACCUACACACCAUGAAAGAUGCACUACCAGUCCAUGUAAUAUACGCUCAAAAGAAACACGAAAAAACCAUCACAGCCGUCCGGAAGAUGAACGCAAGGCUGCAGAAGCUUACCCGGCAGCACCAGGAAGACCUUGGCGUGGCAGACAACACCUAUACAGAGAAAAAGAUGGCGGAAAUACUUGAGAACACCAAAUUCCCCCUUCUUACCGGGUUCAUAAUCUGCGGUCCCAUCGUCGCCAUCUUGACACAUAGCACUGAUCCUCGAGAGAUCGGCAACGGCCAAGAAGACGGUCGGUUCAUCUCUCAGUUUGACUUGUCGGAACGCGGUCAGGAUGUGUGGAACUCAUUAGCUAUUGCUAUUACGGUGAUGCAUGUUCGUCGGACUAUGUUGAUGUUAGCGCAUCAAGGGAAGGGGAGUUAUCGGCCUGGACGAAAGCGUAGUCCUUCGGCUUUUGAUGUAGAUCUUUGAGGUGAUCGUUGGUUUGAUG